AUGCCAGUGAAGGUGGAAAACCUUGAAGAGCAGAUAGACAUGCCCUCUCCUCAGGGCUCGAUCACCCAGUGGAAGAGAGACGACGAGGAUGUGGAGCACGAGCCGACGGGAAGCUAUGCCGAGACAGUGUCGAGGAGGAGGUUGGAUGGGUCAGAGAUGAGCAUCUUCGAUGUGCUGCAGGAGGUCGUGACAGGAGAGGCACGCGUUAGAGCGCUGGAUCAGACGGGAGCAGUGGAGGUCGUUCCUAGGAUGAAAGGAGAGGACGUGAAGAAGGCGCUGAAGAGCAAGGGGGUCACUACCCUCCUUGAGCUCAUGCCCCAGGCGAGAGAACACUGCGGGGCGUUCGCCAUAUCAGACCCCGAGCAUAUGAAGCGUUCUCCUCUUACCCACAGCAGACUUGUCCAGUUCUUAAGAGACGAGGAUCUCAGUAAGUUCGGAGUCAGCCCGCAGGACCGGUGCGCCAUCCUCCUGCCCAACGGGCCAGAGCUGGCGGUAUGCCUGCUGCUGGCAAUGUCGCGGUGCUGCUGUGUGCCGGUCAACUACCAGCAGACGCUUUCAGAGAUCGAGCAGGAGGUACGCGGGACCAGGUGCAAGGCCCUCAUCUCGCUCGAGAGUGAAGGAGCACAGCACGAGGAGCUCUGCCGUUGCCUUGGACUGGUGCAGCUAGCGAUCAUCCCGAGCGACAAGACAGCCGGGUUGUUCUCCUUGAAGCUUGUCCAGGGGAGAGAGACGGAAGGAGGGAGGAAAGAGACUUGUUUCACAAGGAUGCAUGACGUAGCGCUCGUCUUGCACACAUCAGGGACAUCAGGGAAGAAGAAGAUGGUACCUUACUCCCUGGAGACCAUCAUUGUCGGCGCUGCCUGCAUUAUCGAAUCGUGGGGGCUCAGCAAGCAAGACUGCUGUAUAAACAUGAUGCCGCUGUUUCACAUAGGGGGGAUAUUGAGAAACAUCGUUGCUCCGGCGUCCCGUCCCACCCAGCACAAGAGCAAGCUGAGAAUGGUGGCAAAUGCUGCUGGUGGCCUGCUUGCCUCACUGGCAGAGAGGAUGCGGUCAGAGCUCAACUGCACCGUCCUCCCCAGCUACGGCAUGACUGAAUGCAUGCCCAUCUCUUCUCCUUCCUCCUCCUAUCAGCUCGACCGCCCCGGUUCGAGCGGGCAGAUCGUGGGGCCGCUGGACGCUGGGGUAGGAGAGGAAGGGAACAUCACUCUGAAGGGAGCUCCGGUCAUGAACGGGUACGAGGAGGACGAGGAGGCGAACAGAGAAGCAUUCCUAGAGGGAGGAUGGUUCAACACGGGCGACAGGGGGUACGUGGACGAGGACGGAUGGAUCUACCUGACGGGGAGGUCGAAGGAGAUUAUCAACAGAGGAGGAGAAGUAAUCUCUCCAUUCGAGGUUGAGGAGGCGAUGGUGCAGCACGAGAGGAUCAAGGAUGUGAUCGCCUUCUCAGCUCCUCAUGCUGUCUUCCAGGAGGUAGUCGCCAUAGCCCUCGUCCCUCAGCCCGGCAUGCCGCGGGUGGACCUGGAGGAAGUUCACAGACACGCGUCUUCCCUGCUGCACCCCGCAAAGUGGCCGCAGCUGCUUGUGUUUAUGGAUGAGAUUCCCAAGGGGCAGGCGAACAAGGCGCAGAGGAUCCGAUUGGCGAGCAGGCUGGGGAUAGCAGAGGUGGAGGACAAGGCUGGGGAGAUGCUGCGGCUGUUUGAGGCGUCUGCUCCUCCUCGAGGGAGCGGGUUGAACGUGAUGAUCCCAAUGCGAGCUGUGCCAUGUGACGACGAGAAGGUGGAGCGCGUCCUCGACUCCAUCAAGUCAGAGGUCGGGGUAGAAGACUUUGCUAUCGUACACGACGAGGCACUUAGAAGGGACGGGUACCGGUCCCGCUUCCUCUUCGUCUCCCCCUCUUCCGUCAUCAUCGACGUGCUGCAGGAGAAGCUGAAGUUGAGACUGCACGCAUACCUCCUCCCCAAGGAGAUCCUUGCUGUGGAUACGAUCCCACUGGACAGGACGAGCCUGCUGGCUGGCUGCUCGGCAUGUCGGGAGGGGAAGGCACCAAAGUCGAUAAGCGAGGAGAAGAUUCAGAGCAUCUGGGAGGAACUGCUUGGGAGGCAGGUGGCAGUGGAUGAAGACUUCUUCGAGAGCGGAGGAAGCUCGCUGCUCGCGGGAAGGAUGGCAUCUAAGAUCAGGAAGAGCCUUCAAGUCUCCCUGCCCGCCUCCUCCGUCUUCAUGCACAGGACGAUAGAGGCACUGGCAGCGCUGGCGGACAGGCUUGCGCUGGAGCAGGCGAAGGAGGAACUGACAGCUCCGUCUCUCUCCUCCUCCUUCACCUACGGGUCUCAGGCAGGAGGAAGCUGCAAGGGCAUCGUAAUGGAGCAGGGAGGAUCAGCAUCAUUCAAGAGCCUCGACCAAGAUCGCUGCCCUCCCUUCUCUUCCACAAGCUUCUCAGCUCUGCUGCUCCAGGCCCUCCCCCUCUUCCUCCUCCAUCCCCUCCAGCGCAUUGCCGUCUGGCUCUUUUUCGUCUUCCUCUGGUUUGAGUUCCAGACCCUUGGGGUCCCGAGGCUCUACACACUCAUCAUCGCGAUCCUCCUCACUCAGAUCGCCUCCUCCAUCGUCCUUCCCAUCGUCUUCAUCCUCUUCAAGUGGACCAUCAUAGGCAGGUACAAGAAGGGAAGGUACCCGCUCUGGGGACAGUACUACCUGCGCUGGUGGCUUGUGGAUCAGAUGCACAGCAUUUGCGGUAUUGGCGUCUUCAACGCCACCUCCUCCUCCCUCCGCUGGUACUACAGGAUGCUGGGGGCUAAGAUAGGGAGCAAUGUUAUCAUCAGCAAUCAGGCCAAGAUGGGAGAGUUUGACCUUAUCAGCAUCGGCUCCGACUCGUGCAUCGACAAGACUUCUCUGCGAGCCUUCUGCCUGGACAACGGCAGCAUGGUACUCGCACCCCUCCUCCUCGGAAACAGCGUCUCAGUCCCCGUCCGCGUGUCACUAGUCCCCGGCAUCCCUGUGCCCGACGGCUGCUGUUUCCCGCCCUCCUCCUCCUCCUACGAGAUCAGCAGCAACUGGGUAGGGAGUGACAACGCCAAGUACUGCAGGGCAAGGGCGCGAGGGCCGAGCAUGGGCUGGUACCUGGCAGGGCUGCUCAUCAAGUUCCUAAUCGCUCUUGCAUGCGCCCUCCCAAUCUUCGGAAUCCUCGUCGCCAUGGUGCGACACUCAUGGUACCAUUCGCAUGUGCACAACUACUACCAGGCUAUCAUGUGGUUCCUCACUCCCGGGAGGAUCGGCUACUACGUUGCCAUCAGGAUCGUUCGAGCUACAGUCAUCCCGUUCCUCCGCUUCUUCCUCGUCCUCCUGGUCAAGUGGACGGUGAUAGGACGGUUUACCGAGGAGGACGAUAGGGAUGCCUCCGAGUACAGCAUCUUCCGCCACUGGCUCAUGCGCGAGCUCCUUCCUGGCGAGAGACUUCAGACUCUCGGGCAGCUCGUUGGCUCCCACUACUCCGCCAUGUCCUGGGUCCUGCGCCUCCUCGGUGCCAAGGUAGGAGAGCGAGUCUACUGGCCGGGCAGCGGGCUGGAGGGGUUGGUGGAGUACGACUUGCUGCAUGUCGGAGACGACGUUGUGUUUGGGAGCAGAUCAAAUUUCAUGGCGUGCCAUGCUCACUGCGCUAAGACGAUCAGGAUAGAGGAUGGCGCGAACAUCGGAGACAGAUGCGUCUUGCUUCCUGGCUGUGUUGUCGGCAGAAACGCCGUGCUGGGGUCGGGGGGGAUAGCGUGCGAGGACAUGCUGCUUCCUGCUGGGUCAAAGUGGGUAGGAAGCAGAGACGGCAGGCCGAUCAAGCUGGAGGACGGCAACGAGGAGACAGCAAGUGCCCCCACCCUCCGUCCCUUCGGCAAUGCCUUCUACCUCAACAACGCCCCCUACUUGCUCCUCCCGGAAUGGGCACAUGCAGCCAUUGGCUGCCUCAGUGCUGCCCUGACCGCAUGCUUCCGCUCCAUGAUCAUCGUUGCAGCGUUCAAGCUUGCGUUCGCAUGGAUGCACGCGGAGUACCUGGCCGCAGGAGGAGGAGGAGGAGGAGGAGGACAGCAGACAGGCAACUACCAGUCAGGCCAAGGAGGAGGAGGGAACAACGUGCAGCAGACUGGAAAUCAUCAAGGACAGUACGGGGGCCACCACCCUCACCUCUACUUUAUCACGAUGGCCGCCAGGCUCGUCCCAAUCUACGUGGGCACACAAGGAAUUGCAUCGAUCACCGCGCUCCUGCUUGCAGUCUCGUUCAAGUGGAUCUUCUUGGGGAGAAGAAAGGUCGGGAGCUACAACUGGGACGCCUCCUCCUACUGUCAGUGGUGGCAAGUGUACCUCAGCUCGACCUCGAUCCUCCGCUCUGCCUACAACGGUCGUGCGAUUCCUUCCUACCUCCAGGGCUCUGCCUACCUCGUUUGGUUCUUCCGACUCCAUGGCAGCAACAUCGGCAGCAGGGUCUGCCUGUAUCCUCUUGGAGCUGACCCUAUGAUGACCGAACCGGAGCUGGUGGACAUCGAGGACGGGGCGGCGGUGGACAACGCUUCACUGAUAGGGCAUCUCAACAGCAGAGGAGAGUUCUCUCUGAAUCGCGUGCACGUUGGCCAGGGUUGCACCCUGCGAGCAAACACCCGCCUGCUCUCCGGCUCAGGGAUGAUGCGAGGAAGCAUGCUGCUCGAGCACACGCUGAUACUGAGCGGGGAGGUUGUGGAGGAGGACGAGGUCAUGCAAGGCUGGCCGGCAGAGUCUGUCUCGAGGAGCUACUGGACUCUGAGAGCGAAGAAGGAGAGCUCGCAACUGACAAGCGUUGUUGUCAUCCGAUGCGAUCAGGACAAGCCCAGCACAUGA